AUGAAGAAGGAUUCUAAUGCGGAUGUUCUUGCUACCGUGGCCAUCAUUCUCUUCUCUGUUUCACCUUCCGAGAUUUGCAAUGAACGCACUGCUUCUCUUCUUGGCUGGAUGAACGGUGCUCGGCAAAGCUCAAUGACUGCUGAAAACCUUGUCCAUUCAGCCCAGUUGUUGCAGUGGUACAAGUACGGCUUCGGAGAAGGCAACUACUCGCACACGUCCACCGCCAAUGUCCGCGUCUCCGACAUUGAUCUUUCCAGCAAAUCUACGGUCACUCUUUUGGCGCCAACGCUGAUGGACCUUCUGAAUGACAAGAACGCGGCUCCGAGCAGUGCUGAUACCGAGGCAUUGGAGAGGAUGCUCUUUGAUCAGGAUGAUCCAUUUGAUUUGGACGAGUCGGAUUGUGUCAAUGACACCAUCGAGUCUGCUCCUGCCCACGAAGAACCGACGGAAACCCCUUUCAUCUGCCGAUCUUCCGUUCAGUGGGCUGUUGCCAAGUUUGUUUGA